CUCACUGGGACCAGGCUGAUUUUAGGGAUUUUGUGGGGGGAAAGAUUUCAACUUUUAUAGAAUUUAGUCUUUGGCCCCUUUUUAUUUUUUUUUUUUAAUAAUUUUUUAGGGACAUGAUAAAUUUGAGAAAGAUUUAACAUUUGCAACAAUUCCAAUUAAUGCAGAGAAAAAAAUGAAUGCUGCAAUCUUUUACUCUAUGGCUUUUGAAACGGAAGAGCAUGAGUCUUCAGCAGCAAGGGUGGGUGUUUGUCUGUAUUGAUAGAUUACUGCCUCAGAGCAGAUGCACUUUGCUGCAGUUUAACUAUGCUAAGGUAGCUCUGUGGAGGUAAAUUGAAGGAUGAUAAAAGAGAAUCCAGAGGUUGUCAUUCAGUCACAAAGAAUACUCAUGGUGCACGUAAUCACAGCAAUUGGCUGUCUGGUUUUUACCUGUUAUUCUAAUAAUCAGUUGAAGUGCAAAAAACUAAAAUAUUCUGCUGCGGGGUGGAUGUGUGACAUGGCAAAUUAGCUUGUUUUAAAAGCGUAAGUCUGAAAGAGUUGAAGCUUCUAUAUUUUUCUCUAUUCCUCAUUUGGGUUUCAGCUGCUCACGAAAUUUCAUAGAUAAUGUUUUAUAUGAAAGGCUUAUUAUACCUAAAGACCUCUGGUGAAACCUAGGGACUGAAUAGCAGUGUUUGGCUUUGACACUGUGUGCACAGGAUCAGACAUGUUAUAGAGAUUUGUGAGGUGAUUUCUUGCUCUUUACAGUGACACAAACUUUGCACAAUAAAAUCCUUACAAGGAAGUCCUGUUAAUUAGAGAUGUAAGAUGAAAUCCCUCAAUUACACAUAUUUGAUACAAAUUUAUAAUACAGAAAAGAGCUUUCCAGUUUGACUCAAAGUCAGAAAUCUCUACAUGUUUUGCAUAUAUGCAGAAGGAAACCCAAAGUAAUUAUUUACAAAUUACGUUCUAAUAGUUUUCUUCAAGAAAUAAAUCUGAAUUAUUUCACCUUGCUCAUUCUGCUUCCCAGUGUUAUUGCAAUUCUAUAUUUGAUCUGAAGUUUUUUGUAGUUAAUUCGGGCAAGUGUUACAACAUGCCUAAUGCGAGUUAAACAAAAAUUGUAUUGAAUUUGAUUCAAUCACACUGACUAACCACUCCAGUUACUUUUUGCCCACAUAAUCUGAAAGUGAGGCUAGGAUCAACAAGGCUUACAAAAAUAAACUUGCUUGAGCAAAGAGUAGAAAAUAUACCUGAAAAACAAGUUUCGGGUUCACAUAUUUGCAAUACCUGAAAUCUGACUCUGGAAAAGAUGCACCACUACUAUCCAAACAAGGAAAAUGCUGGGUAGGGCACACAUCUGAACAAAAAAGCUCAAAUUUACAGCUACAUUCACAAUUAGCUACCGUAAAAUAAGCUACCAAAAAAGAAUUUGAUCACAGGAGAUUUUCAGCAGACAUUUCUGAAUAGUAAAGCCCAGUUCCGUAAACAAGUGCUUGUGUGUCCUUGCUCUCAUCCUUCACUCUUUCACAUCAAAAGAAGUGCUUUCCCUUUGACCUACCUUUCAUCUGCAAACUAUUGAAUUUGUUGAGCUCUCUGCGAGGUUAUCCACUGGUUUUGAUAUGGACUAGCUGAGAACAGAGACACAUGGAGGCAAGAGCUCAGCCCUGUGCUCUCUGGGGAGAGCUCUGGUUUUCAUCCCUGCAGGAGCCAGCACCUUUAGCAGAUUCAGAGUUGGACUGUGAGCUCGGCAAGAGGUGCAUUGGGCAGAGUGAUGAGAACUUUAGCAGCUGGUAUGUGUGGUUCCUGAUGUUGUUUUUCCUGGCCUUGCUCCUGUCCUGCGGGAUCUGCUGCUGCCUGCAGUGCUGGCUGAAGCGGCGGAGCUGCCUCCCUCCCCGGCGCACCCUGGCCGUCUUUGCACUCAGCAGCUCGGAUGCUUUUUGUGCAAGUGAAGCACCUCAGUGCCCAUUGUCUGGAUCUCCAAGACCCUGCAUGACUGCAGAGAUGUCCUCUUCUCCUGCCUCACAGUUCAGCCUCGGGGGGACUGACUUGCCUCCAUCCUAUGAGGAUAUUAUGAAGGAAAACAAGCUCUAGACACCACAUGUUGGCUUUCUGCAAUUCCACUUGAUUCAUCGGAGAUCUUCUGUUAUGCGACAGUAGUGUAAGGGCAAAUCAACCCUUUCCACAGGUUGGCCGAGAGACUGAAAAGCAGAACGUAUUUCAUCUGAACCUAAAAGGGAAGACAGAUCCAACAGAAUAAAUGCCGAAAGUACGUGUUGAAUCUGUCACAGGAGCUCAGCCUGACAUUUUGAUAGGGCUCUGGAUUUCAAGAAGCUCCCUCAAAGAUUUGUCUGUAUUCGGGGUUUCUGGCUCAGUCUCCAGAUUUAUCUCUUCAGGCUGCUCAAGAUGGUGCAACCCAGUGUGUUUUAGGACUGAAUGUUGAUAAAUUAUUUGAUAGUUACUUCUCAAACUUAGGCUGCCUCCUUCACUCGGCACAGUGCCAACAAACACCCUCUGGCAAAGUCAUGUUGUUCUAAUUCAUUGUAAUGCAAUCAUGCCACUCUGCGAUGAAGGAUCGUUUGCCACAUUUGAAAUAUUUAGCACAGUAUAUCAGAUUUGUCUAGUGCAAAAGGCAGCAAAUUUAUGACCAGGGAAGGGAAAGCAAGAGAUGGGGAUUAUAUAGGGAGUAGCAGCAGAAGCUGGUUAACAGCACAAAAAAGUGAGUUUGUUUAUCUGAGCUGUUCUUAGUUUCAUAGUGACUAUCCCCAGGUAUGCUGGCCCUAACCCUGCAGACCUGUGGGCUCCAAAUGGCCCAGGACCCAUAUGACAUGAAUUAGGGAGCUAGGGAUUUGGUGCUUAGCUACAGAAAUUUGUUAGGAUAAAGGAUGUAAUUUUCUUUCAUGUAACCACUGCAGAGAGAUGGAAAGAUACUUCAAGAAACCAUCCAGUCUGCUGCAUACCCAAGCAGGACCAGCUCUACCUAAGGCUGUUCCUAGGAGUUAUUAGCCUGUGUAGCUCUCAGAUUUCUGAGGAAAGAUGCCAGAUUUCCCCCAUAGCUGGAUUGCAAGUGAAAGCAAAUAUUUCCUUUGUCUGUCAGGUCACUGAAGGUGGGAUUAAUCCUGCCUGACCUGUCUACUGCUGAUCUUUCAGAGGCAAGGGCUGGGGCCUGCAGAAGGAAGAUGUCACACCUAGUACUUGGCACCACAUGCCCGUGGAGCCACCAGCUCCCAAAGUGGGUAGCUGGGUCCAUCUUAAGUACCCUAAAAGAUUAAUGGAAGCCCACAGCCUGCCUCAUGGAGCAGCUUCCCACCUGCAGAUUGGGGUUACUGCCAGCUCCCCUGAUCAGGAAGGAAACUUGGAAGAUAAAUUCACUAAAGGUUAUGAAGUGUUCACAUAUUCUCAUAAUGAGGCUAUACAAGUACCUUUGCUAGGUAAAGAAUUAUAGCAUAUUUUGAGAGACAAAUUCUCUGCCAGCACCACUACAAAUUAUCUCCAUAAAAUCUUAUUUUAGAAGCAGCUUUAAUGUUUGACUCUUGUGUGAAAGGAAAUAAAUGUUACUGUUGCAAAAUGAAUGUUUGUGACAGCAGGCUAAAGUAUUACAGGGUUUAUUAAUAGGGAAAAUUAGCAAGUACAGACUCAGCCAGUGGAGAAAUUGAGCAAUUCCUGAGUGUCCUUAUACUGGCUGAACUUAGUAACAAUUGCAGGUAAUCAACACCUCUCAGGGUCAGACCUCUUAUAUACAUAACUGCUUCCACUACUCAACCCCUUCAGUUUAUGCCCUGAAGCAUGAGAUUUGAUUAUGUUUGUCACUUCAGCUUGUGUAGCCUGCUAGUGGGCAUUAAAUCAGCCAUUGCUUCCUUCCCACCUACACACUGCCUUUGCUUUAGCGACCCCUUCGUGGAAGUGAACUCCACAGGUUGUCUGCAUUAUAUGCUGCAUAAAACAUUACCAUCUCCUGCUUAUUAAUUGCUUGUCUCUGAAUAAAUUGCUGCCUUUAAUUUCAUUGAA